AGACAGAGCAGAGCCGCCUGAGCCGCUGCCGCCCCCUGCGCCCAGCAUGGUAAUGGCCGAGCCCCGGCGGCCCCCCCCGCUGCUGCCCCGCGGGCCCGGGCCCGUCCGCGUCGGCUUCUACGAUAUUGAGGGCACGCUGGGCAAGGGCAACUUCGCCGUGGUCAAGCUGGCGCGGCACCGCAUCACGCGCAGCGAGGUGGCAAUAAAAAUCAUUGACAAAUCUCAGCUGGAUGCUGUGAAUCUCGAAAAGAUAUACCGUGAGGUGCAGAUAAUGAAGAUGUUGGAUCAUCCCCACAUCAUAAAGCUCUACCAGGUGAUGGAGACCAAAAGCAUGCUGUACCUCGUGACAGAGUUUGCCAAAAAUGGAGAAAUUUUUGAUUACCUUGCCAGCCACGGCCGACUCAGUGAGUCCGAGGCCAGGCGGAAGUUCUGGCAGAUCCUCUCAGCAGUGGAGUACUGCCACAACCGGAAGGUUGUGCACCGAGACCUGAAGGCUGAAAAUCUUCUGCUUGACAACAACAUGAACAUCAAAAUAGCAGAUUUUGGAUUUGGAAAUUUCUACAAGAGUGGUGAGCCCCUGACGACAUGGUGUGGAAGCCCACCAUAUGCAGCCCCAGAGGUCUUUGAAGGACAGCAAUAUGAAGGACCCCAGUUGGAUAUCUGGAGCAUGGGUGUGGUUCUUUAUGUUUUGGUCUGUGGAGCAUUACCCUUUGAUGGGCCAACACUCCCCAUACUGAGGCAACGAGUUCUGGAAGGAAGGUUCAGGAUACCUUACUUUAUGUCAGAAGAUUGUGAGCAUCUGAUUAGAAGAAUGCUGGUCCUAGACCCAUCGAAACGGUUAACGAUUGCUCAGAUUAAGGAACACAAGUGGAUGCUGAUAGAAGUUCCUGCCCAGAGGUCCAUUCUUUAUGCCCCAGGACAGGAGAACCAGCCUUCUAUUGGAGAAUAUAACGAACAGGUUCUCCGGCUAAUGCACAGCCUUGGAAUAGACCAACAGAAGACUAUUGAGUCUCUGCAGAACAAGAGUUAUAACCACUUUGCUGCUAUCUAUUACUUGUUAGUGGAAAGACUCAAAUCGCAUCGAAGCAGCUUCCCUGUAGAGCAGAGAUUUGAUGCUCGCCAGCGCCGCCCAAGCACCAUUGCUGAGCAGACAGUAGUCAAGGCACAAGCUGUGGUGCCAUCAGUGAACUUGUGCUCAGAAAACACAAGGCUGAUGCGGUCCCCAGGUCUUCCCCCCACCUCAGGAGCAGAGGCUUUUUCAUUCCCUCCAUCCAACUGCCACACAGAGACGGCGUUCAUGGAAGAAGAAAGAGUCAACACACCAAAGGUAAAUGGCUGCCUGCUUGAUCCUGUGCCUCCCAUGGUGAUUCGGAAGGGAUGCCAGUCACUGCCAACUAGCAUGAUGGAAACCUCAAUCGAUGAAGGAAUAGAGACGGAAGGCGAGGCAGAGGAUGACCCUGCACAGGCAUUUGCAGCCCUGCAGGCAGCUCGCAGUGGGAAGCGGCGUCACACCCUGGCUGAGGUCACUGACCAACUAGUGGUGGUGCCAGGCACAGGGAAGGUCUACUCUCUGGAUGAGAAGUCCUCUCUGGGCAGCAGCAUAGAGUCAGAGUACGACAUGGGGUCAGUGCAGAGGAAUGUGGGCCUGCUGGGCGAUGCCCCUCCACUGAAGGAUGUGGUGCCACUGGCAGCACCCUUCCUGGGGCUGCGGCCUGCCAACCCUGCCAUGCAGGCUCUUGCUUCCCAGAAGCGCGAGACCCACAACCGCUCCCCUGUCAGCUUCCGGGAGGGGCGCAGAGCAUCAGACACCUCCCUCACACAAGGUAUUGUAGCAUUCAGACAGCACCUCCAGAAUCUGGCACGAACCAAAGGAAUCCUGGAGCUGAACAAAGUCCAGCUGCUGUAUGAGCAAAUGAGAUCAGAAGAACUCCUUCUGCCAUCAGCUGUCUCCCAGCUUCAGGACCUUGCUACCAGCCCUGCACAGGUCGCAGGAAAUAGGAAUGUGAAAUCUCUGUCAGACCCUGUGAAUGAAACGGGCCAGCAGCACACAUGCCCUGCAAGCACCCAUGCUCCAGGAAGAAAGACCUCAGCAGCAGGAGGCUGCGGCCACUUUCCCCAGUGGUGCACAUACCCCAGUGUUAUCCCGACGGCAGAGCUUAGAGACACAGUACUUGCAGCACAGGCUCCAGAAACCCACCCUACUAUCAAAAGCUCCAAACACUUGCCAGCUGUACUGCAAAGAAUUGCCCCGGAGUCUGGAACAGCAGUUACAGGAGCACAGGCUGCAUCAGAAGCGACUCUUUCUCCAGAAGCAGUCCCAGCUGCAGGCCUAUUUUAACCAGAUGCAAAUAGCUGAGAGUUCAUACCCAAGGUCAAGUCAAAUGCCACUUUCAUGCCAGGAGGAGCAGCAGCCAUCGGCGCAGCAGCAAUCAACCCAGUUCAGCCUCCAGCAGGCUCUGAGCCCUGUCAUGGAGCCUUCCUCAGAGCAAAUGCAAUACGACCUCUUCCUCAGUCACUACCAGAAAGUACAGCUGGAGCCACCACCAUCCUCCCCAGUCACCAGCUCAUCACGAUUGUCAUCACCAAUUCAGGUGCAGCAGCCACCACAAUCCUUACAGUACUCCUAUGAGACUUGUGAAUUGCCUGUUGUCACCUCUUCUGAGCCAGACUACCCUGACCAGUGCCAGUAUUCCAUGGACCCAGCACAGCAGAGCAGUGUAGCAUUGCCUGACAGCCAGGGCAGCUUGGCAGCCCAUGAGUCGCAGUCAAACUACGAUACAUUGACCCUCUCAGAGCUGCCUGGACUCUUCGAUUGUGAGAUGAUGGAAACUGUAGAUCCCCAGCACAGUGGCUAUGUCCUGGUGAAUUAAUACCAUGAGUGUCUAACAUGAGUGUGGAAGCCAGGGUGGACAGAGAAGCAUGUGAAUUUUUGGUUUUGUUCCAACUCUAAAGUUUUCGACCCUUCAAUCAACAAGGGAACUAAAAAUCCACCUGACUGGAAAAAAGCAGGAGGUGGCUAGAAGUUUGUUGCCUCCAGCUCCUCCUGUCAGUGGCUGGGGCUAGACAAUAGACAGUUCAGCUUAGUCCCAUAAAGAACCAGUUUGUGUAGAAGGAGAGAGGGGAAAAAAAAGUUUUAAAGGAAGGAAGUGGCCCCUUCCAAAAACUUUGAUAGUCUGGCAGCGUUCAUCUAGCGUUUGCUAGGAGAAAGGAGAAGGAAUGCAUAUUGCAUUCUACUUCUUGGCAAUAAAAGCAAUAGUUUUCAUUGAAAUUCAGACUUGAUUUUGGUCUGAGCUGAUAGCAAGUAGCAUACAGAGCUGAAGCAGUAGUGUGAGGUGGAUCCAAAGGAAGGUUGCACUUUGGCAUCCAGUUGCUGGUUAAGCUACUGAUAUGGGACUGCUCCACGGUAAGUCUAAGAGAUCACUGGGCAUCUCAGGCAGCCUCUGCUUCCUCCUGCUAGCAAAUAAACAGUUAUUUCCCAAGCCUGCCAAGGAAUUCUUAGUUGGUCACUAAGGGAAGCUUCUGGAUAUUUGCUAAGUAAUGUACUGACUUGAUCAAAAGACACUUGGAACUGACACAGGGCAUCAUAGUGAUUUGUAGAGAGCUUUGGUUGGGGCUGAGAAGGAUUAGAUAGCAGAGAGAGGGGCUAAGAAGGAUGGUGAGAAGGAUUGAGAGCUGCAGCCAGUGGCAUCCAGAGCUCCACCUGGGUGAUGUUGGAAAUCACCCCUUUGCUGCACAGACUGUUGUGGAGAGUUCUGUCUUGGAGAAGUUCUGUUCACUGGAGAGGAUCUAUCUGACCUUCUGUGGCAUUUUUGAAAACAAGCAAACAAACUGUGUUUUGAAUUUGCAGUAUGUGUUGCUGGUGGUUUAUUGAGCUUUGUAUAUUUGGACAAUUAUUUACAGUUUUAGAACUUAAUGAGCUUAAAAAAAAAAAAAAACCCUGUGAAGUGAUAGUGCUGUGCCUUUUUUCAGUUCUUUAUCAGACUAUAUGCUUUUUUUUUUUUCUGAAGAAAGUAGACAAUACCCCAUUUACAUCCUUGCUACUGCCAAAGUCCCUUCAGAGCACACGUUCCACCAUGUGGAAUGUAAUGCUGAACUUUGUUAGUGUUUUGAUUGUUUCAGUAUAUACAACACUGAAAGUAUUACAGCAAUAUUUAGCAUCAAGAACUCUUAUGUACUAUUUCAACAAAUACAAAAUUCAACAAGCAGUUGUGUCCCCAGAUCUUUCAGUCAGGAGAUGCUAGUUGUAGGAGGAUUGUUUAGGAAUCUGCAGUAAGUUUAGAUCACUAAUUUGGCGCUCAUCUCAGGUCUUUAAAUGUUGUGGGAUAUUGCAUGUCUUUCUCCUGUAGAUGAAGCUUGUAGCCAGACAGUUUCAGCCCUUUUCUGAGCAAACUUUAAGCACAGUUGCAGAUUCAUUAAAGCACAAAGAGUGUUGGAGAAACUGUGCUGAUGGCACAUGUAGAGAACGCCAAUGUUUACUGGAAAAUUUCUCUAGAAUGUAAGUUUAAUUUAAAUUUAAGACUUUGACACUACAACUAAGGAGGAUGUAGUCACCAAGUCUUCAGGACAUGUAGUCACUUAAAAUGGAUAGACAAACAUUUUUAGUGUUUUUACAUACUGUAGCAAAGCUCUGGCUUGAACAGAUACCAGGAGGAAGAAAAGAAGUACUUGGGAUCAGUUGGAUCUUCAGUGUAUGACAGACCAUAGAUCCUACUGGGCUCCAAAGAGGAGUUCUCAAAGCUGCUCUCUUAUCUUUCACCAGAAAGGUGAAUAACCAGCCAGCCAUUUACAGCAAUAAGACCACGCUUAAUUGUGGAACAGACUUCAGACACUGCACUGUAGGCUUUGUGAAGAAGAGAAGAGUUUAACAACCAACAGAAAGUACCUUGUUUCUUGUGUAUGACAAUUAGAGAUGUCAUCAAUGAUGGUACAGAGCCUGCUCUGAUACUGAUCCAAUUCAGUCCUAAGCGCUCAGCUUCUACCUCUGAUAUCAGAAUGAUUCUCAAGGCAGCAGCAAAGGAAAGUUUAAGGAACAGCAAUCACAUCUACACACUACUUAUUUUUUGACACAAGAUAAAGACAGCUGGAAAGCUGUUGUUUAAAUAGCUAAGAUAGGCAUUUCUUUUUGAAGGGAAUUCACACAAUUAAAGCUUUUUCUGACAGUGCAAAUACCUGCAGAAAAUAGAAACCUCUGUGCCCCCCUGAAGUGACUGACAAAAGGACAGGAAACAGAUGAAAACCACCCCAGCAUACGGCACCAGGCAUUUUAGUAUUGCAGAAGAGAAAAGGUGGCAACGAAGUCCUUUUCUUUCAUUCCUUUUCUAUCCCGCCAUUCUAAGAUCAGACAAGUGCUCAAGGAACUAUGCAGCCAAAACUGCUACUGAGACACACAGCUGUGUCAACAGGCCCAGUUUUGCACCAGGAGCUGGGUUACUGCCAAGCCUAUAGCUACUUUCCUCCCUGUAAGCUCCACUGUACCAUACAUUUUAGGACUCAAUGGUAACUCAAGAGCAGAAUUCUUCUCAUGAGAUUCAUUUAUCAGAAUGUGCCAAUGAAUCUAAGCUCAUCUGAGCUUCGCAGUACUGCUAAGAGGAAAGCUAUGGAGUUUUUGAAUAUAGCUUAGACUGUUACCAUCAACCAACAUCCUAUUUAACGUUUCAUGUAAUUUCCUUUAGCCAGUUAGAAUAAAAGGCUUCUAAUGCCUUUUCAUACAGCAGAGUAUCCACUGGGCACCACUUUGUAGUCAUGCUACUUCAGAGUGAUUCCUUUGUUCAAACCUGUUACGCCUAACAUUAGAAGACAGUGUACACUACUGUUAAGAGUAAUUAUUAGCUUUAUUAUCUUGUAUUACAGGCUCCUUUGAAGAGACUUUGGUGCGAUGUAUAUGGGGUAAAAAUUUCAUAUGGAGAAAAGUGCAAUAUAUGUGUGCGUGUGGUACGUUCUUUAAUGUAUUUUUUUAUGGAGUUAGAGGGCUUAGUCUCUGCUUUGGGAUAAAUGCACUAGUAUUGUGAGCUCCAGUUUGGUAAGUUCAUCUGUAGUAUUUACAUGCAACUGAUAUGCUGGACUCUGUGAAGCAAUUACAGUGUAUUGAUACAAAAUAAAGAAUACAUACAUUUCAUUUUCAAA